AUGGCGGACUACAGCCGCUGGACCAAGGAGGCGCUCGUGCGGCGGGUGCAGCAGCUCGAGCAGGACGUGGCCAAGGCCAGACAGCGGCCGGCAGCCGCAGACACGACCACCUCGACCGCCACAGCCACGCCCAAGGCCAAGAAGAGCAUGGACCCGUCGCGGUAUGCCAGCCGGUUCAUCGCGCUGAAGCUGGCGUACCUGGGCAAGCGGUACGGCGGGUUCGAGUACCAGCCGUCGGGGGCGCUGCCGACGAUCGAGGAAGAGCUGUGGAAGGCACUGACAAAGGCGUGUCUGGUGUUUCCGGCACCAGGCGCAUCGGCCGAUGAGGUCGACCUGGUGCGGUGCGAGUACAGCAAGUGCGGCCGGACGGACAGAGGUGUGAGCGCGUUUGGUCAGGUGGUGGCGUUGCGGGUGCGCAGCAACAAGAGAGCGGUGUACGCAAAGGUGCUCAACCGGCUGCUGCCGCCCGACAUUCGCGUUCUGGCCUGGUGUGCAACACCGCCGGCCGACUUCUCGGCGCGGUUCUCGUGCCGCGAGCGACAGUACCGCUACUUCUUCACCCAGCCGGCCUACUUCACCGAGGAUGGCAGCCGGCCAGGGCCAACCUCCUCGGCUGGCUCGGCCUCUCAGCCUCCCGACGGCUGGCUCGACAUUGACGCCAUGCGUGACGCGGCCACCCGCUUCGUCGGCCUGCAUGACUUUCGCAACUUUUGCAAGGUCGACCCCAGCAAGCAGAUCACCAACUUUGAGCGGCGCAUCUUUGCGGCCGGCAUCACCGAGGUGGCCGACGUGCACUCAUCGCUGCGCUGUCUCUCCUCUUCCGCCUCUUCCGUCUCGUUCCCCCGCGUCUACUCCUUUGACGUACGCGGGUCUGCCUUCCUCUGGCACCAGAUUCGCCACAUGGUGGCCGUGCUCUUCCUCGUCGGCCAGGGUCGCGAGCCGGCCGACGUGGUCUCGCAGCUGCUCGGCGUCGCCGCACAGCCUGGCCGGCCCAACUAUCCCAUGGCUGACGAGACCCCGCUCGUGCUCUGGGACUGCAUCUUCCCGCCCCUCGGCCUCCCCGGCGUCGACGACAGCGUCGACAGUCCCACUGCCGGCAACUGGUCCGACAGCCUGCAAUGGCUCUACGUCGGCCACGCCGACAACGAUGACGCCGGUGAGCCGCCCAGCCGCAUGUUUAUCGACGGCCUUUGGCGCGGCUGGCGCACCGCCAAGAUGGACGAGAUCCUGGCUAACCGGCUGCUCGACCUUGUCACGGCCGGACCCGUGACCGUGGCAGAGAGCAGCCACACAACCACCAGCCACACAACCACUCGCAUCGCCUGUCCUGGCCCGCCCGGUAACAAAAGUCACGUGUUUGAAGGUGGCGACGGCCCCCGGCUGGCCGGCAUCUAUGUGCCACUGCUCAAGCGGCCGCGCCUGGCUGCUCCCGACGACGUCAACGACCGCUAUGCGCGUCAGAAGGGCUUCGACAGCGCCGACGCCAUGCGGCAGACCGGCAACUGGCGUGCCGCCAUCAAGGCCCGCAAGGAGGAGGCCAAGGCCGACGAGGCCAUGACAGCAGAGUGA